AUGUGCGAAAGGGGAGUGUGGCAGCUGAAGGAGGUGCUGCUGCGGUAUAGUGAGACAGGCUACAGCAGCAACGGCGUGAGGUUCUAUUUGAAGCAUCUGCUGCCUAGCUGGGAGCAACGCAAUCCCCAGGUAAAAGUUGUGGUGCAGCACGACAAGUACGCGCAGCCACAAGCUACGUUCGUGUUCGCCUCGGGAGCUCGUUCAGAGACGCCUCUGGAAAAUUUGCAGCCGCGACAGGUGGAGGAGCUGCUGCAGCUGCAUCGCGACAGCUCAGGCCCGAACCACUUCUUGAAACACGGGGGGCCGAAAGUCUGGACAGAGAGGCGCUCAAUUCAGGGCUUGUGGCGGCCAUCUCUACCGUCGCAAUUGCUGGCGCUGCGGUGGUUCAGGCGGUCCCGUCCGCCUCUCAGGCUUCCCAAGUAUUCGGCUGAGAGCCUCCGCCUGUCUUUGCAGGCCAUCAGGGGAGAUGGGCGCUGGGGCUCGGAGAGGGAAUUCCCGAAAGGUUGGGAUCAACUCGCCCUGAAGUAUGCCCACUGUAACCCCCUUAUGAGCGAGCCAGUAUUUCCCGACCGCCAGCAGCAGCAGCAGCAACAGCUGGAGCAAUAA